ACCCAGUUGCUUCCCAGCGGGCUCCCCUCCGUCUGGUAAAUGGCCCACACCACUGUGCUGGCCGGGUCGAGAUCUUCUACGGGAACCGAUGGGGAACAGUGUGCGACGACCACUGGGACCUGCUGGACGCGGCAGUGGUGUGCCGGCAGCUGGGCUGCGGUGAGGCGCUAUCAGCCCCCUUGACUGGGCAUUUCGGGCCCGGAUCCGGUCCAAUCUGGCUGGAUGACGUCAACUGCAGGGGGACGGAGGCCGCCCUGUCAUACUGCAAGUCGUUGAGCUGGGGAAAGAACAACUGCAACCAUGGGGAAGACGCUGGCGUUGAAUGCUCAGGUAAUGCCCGUUCUGCACAGCUGCGCCUGGCGAAUGGCCCAAACCACUGCUCUGGAAGGGUAGAGGUGAUGUACAACCACCAAUGGGGCACCGUGUGUGACGACGACUGGAACUUCCCUGAUGCUGCUGUGGUGUGCCGACAGCUGGGCUGCGGGAUGGCAGUCUCAGCCUACGGCAUGGCUCACUUUGGCCGGGGAUCAGGCCCCAUUUGGCUGGACAAUGUGCAGUGCAAAGGGUCUGAAGCUGCUCUUUCUGAAUGCCCGGCCAGACCUUGGGGUGACAGCAACUGCGAUCAUGGAGAGGAUGCCAGCGUCCUGUGCACAGACAUCGAGACACCAGCUCAGCUGCGCCUGGAGAAUGGCCCCAGCCGCUGCGCGGGUCGUGUGGAGGUGCUCCACCACCAUCAGUGGGGGACGGUGUGCGACCAUGGCUGGAGCCUGGCCGAGGCGGCGGUGGUCUGCCGGCAGCUGGGCUGUGGGACAGCCACUUCAGCCCCGGGCUCAGCUCACUUUGGACAAGGGUCCGGCCACAUCUGGCUGGAGAACGUCAACUGCACGGGGACAGAAGCUGCUCUUUCUGAAUGCCAGGCCAGGCCGUGGGGAGCCAGCAGCUGUACGCACAGGAAGGACGCUGGUGUGGUGUGCUCAGGUGAUCCACAGCAGCGCCCGCUGCGGCUGGCAAACGGCUCCAACAGCUGCCUGGGGAGAGUCGAGGUCUUUCACGACCACAAGUGGGGGACUGUGUGCGAUGACACCUGGGACCUCCAAGAUGCUGCCGUCGUGUGCAGGCAACUGGGCUGCGGGAUGGCGCUGUCAGCGCCGGGCUCGGCUCAUUUUGGACCAGGCGUGGAUCCCAUCUGGCAGGACGGCAUUCACUGCACAGGGACUGAGUCCGCCCUCAUCGAGUGUGAGCUGGGCAACUGGGGAGAGCACAACUGUGGCCACAGUGAGGAUGCUGGCGUGGUGUGCUCAGGUAACAUGGGGAUGAAGGGCCUGGGGCGGGUGAAUGGCCCCGGUCCCUGCUCAGGGCAGGUGGAGGUGCUCUACAACGCGACCUGGCAUGGGGUGUGCAGCACUGGAUGGAGCUUGCUGGAAGCUGAGGUGGUCUGCAGGCAACUGGACUGCGGGCCGGCCCAGUCGGCGCCCAUCGCAGCCCAGCCCAGCCCCAGGAAUGGCCAGGCCUUGCUGGAGCGGCUGAGCUGCCGGGGCACUGAGUCGCUGCUCCUGGAGUGCCAGCGGAGAGAGACAGGGCCAGGGCCGUGCAGGCAGGGCUGGGCAGCCGGUGUGGUGUGCGCAGACAUCCCCAGAAAUGUGCCCCUUCGUCUGGUGGGAGGCCCCAACCGCUGCGCCGGACGGGUGGAGGUGCUCCACAACAGGACAUGGGGGACAGUGUGCGACGACAGCUGGGGUUCCCCUGAGGCCUCAGUCGUGUGCCGGCAGCUGGGCUGUGGGACAGUGCUGUUGGUGGCACGGGGAACUGAGUAUGGACAAGGGAAUGGGCAGAUCUGGUUGGAUGACGUCAACUGCACUGGGGAGGAGAGGAACCUCUCCGAAUGCGGAGCCAGGCCGUGGGGGGAACACAACUGUAACCAUGUGGAAGACGUUGGCGUUGAGUGCUCAGACUCCCGUGUCACCCCCCUGGGAACCCUUCAGCUGCUUGACGGCCCCAACCGCUGUGCUGGGAGGGUGGAGGUGCUCCACAACCACAUGUGGGGGACGGUCUGCGAUGAUGGCUGGGACCUGGCGGAUGCAGCAGUGGUCUGCCGGCAGCUGGGCUGCGGCACGGCACUGUUGGCCCCCAAAGGGGCUCAUUUUGGGAGAGGCCACGAUCCCAUCUGGCUGGACGAGGUGAACUGCACCGGGACCGAGGACACACUCUUCGACUGCCAGGCCAGCAUGUGGGGGCACAACAACUGCUUCCAUGGGGAGGAUGCUGGGGUGAUAUGUUCAGGUCCGGCUGAAGUCCUGCGGCUGGUGAACGGUCCGCACCGCUGCGCUGGGAGAGUGGAGGUCUUUCACAACCAGCACUGGGGGACCAUCUGCGACGAUGGCUGGGACUUGAAAGACGCGGCCGUGGUGUGCCGGCAGCUGGGCUGUGGGACGGCCAUGUCAGCCCCAGGUUUAUCUGGUUUUGGGCAAGGAUCUGGCCCCAUCUGGCUGGAUAGGGUGAGUUGUCUUGGGACAGAAGCCACCAUCGCUGAAUGCCCGGGCAGGCCUUGGGGACACCACUCAUGUAACCAUGUGGAAGAUGCCAGCGUAGUGUGCUCAGGCUCAGGGAUUGCCAGCACCCCUAGGCUUCGCCUGGUGGGUGGUGCAAGUGAGUGCGCCGGGAGAGUGGAGGUGCUUUAUAACAACGAGUGGGGGACGGUCUGCGACGACAGCUGGGACCUGAGGGAUGCAGCGGUGGUCUGCCAGGAACUGGGCUGUGGGGUGGCCCUCUCGGCCCAGAACUCAGCUCGAUUUGGGUGGGGAGCCGGCCCCAUCUGGCUGGACGAUGUGAGGUGCACAGGGCAGGAAACCAGCUUCUUUGAGUGUCAAUCAGAGAUGUGGGGCAUCCACAACUGCCACCAUGGGGAAGAUGCCGGCGUGGUGUGUGCAGGUAAGAGCAACUCCAGCUCAGCCGACCUGCGGCUGGUGGACGGCCCACACCGUUGUGCCGGAAGGGUGGAGGUACUCCACAUUGGGCAGUGGGGGACAGUCUGCGACGACGGCUGGGACCUGAGCGAUGCGGCUGUGGUCUGCAGGCAGCUGGGCUGCGGCACAGCAAAGGCAGCCCAUGGCCAUGCUCACUUCGGGCAGGGGAAGGGGCGCAUCUGGCUGGAUGACGUUGGCUGCACAGGGAGUGAGAAUGCCCUCACCCAGUGCCGAGCCCAACCCUGGGGGCAGAGUAACUGCAACCACAGAGAAGAUGCUGGUGUGGUGUGCUCAGGUACGUCCUGCUCCUACUCUGGCGCAACAAAUACAUCGACUGUCCGGCUGGUGGAUGGCCCACACCGCUGCUCCGGGAGGGUGGAGGUGCUCCACAACCAGCAAUGGGGGACAGUCUGCGAUGACGGCUGGGGCCUGACUGAUGCGGCGGUGGUCUGCCGGCAGCUGGGCUGUGGGGAGGCUGUGGCAGCCCCAGCAGGGGCUUCCUUCGGGAAGGGGCUGGAUCCCAUCUGGCUGGACAGAGUGGCCUGCACCGGCGGGGAAAGCACCCUCCAGGAGUGUUGGGCCAGGCCCUGGGGAUACAACGGCUGCAGCCACGAAGAGGAUGCCAGUGUGGUCUGCUCAGGCCUGGACAGGGCGGGGGCAGAGGAGGUCCGGUUGGCAGAUGGACCCAACCGCUGCGGCGGGAGGGUGGAGGUGCUGCAUGCCGAGCAGUGGGGGACAGUCUGCGAUGAUGGCUGGGACCUGAGCGAUGCAGCAGUGGUCUGCAGGCAGCUGGGCUGUGGCAUGGCAGAGGCGGCCCACGGCCGGGCUCGCUUCGGGGAGGGGACGGGGAGCAUCUGGCUGGAUGAUGUGGACUGCACUGGCGCCGAGGAUGCUCUCUCCCAGUGCCAAGCCCGUCCCUGGGGACAGGGUAACUGCAACCACGGAGAAGACGCUGGCGUGGUGUGCUCAGAUGCCAACAUGACAGCCCAGGGACAGGUCCGCUUGGCUGGCGGUCCACACCGCUGUGCUGGGAGGGUGGAGGUGCUUCACGAAGAGCAGUGGGGAACCAUCUGCGAUGACAGCUGGGAUCUGAACGAAGCCAAGGUGCUCUGCCAGCAGCUGGGUUGCGGGACAGCUGUGUCGGCCCCGGGCCACGCUUACUUUGGGCAAGGGUUGGAUCCCAUCUGGUUGGACGAUGUGGAGUGCACCGGCACGGAGACCACCUUCUCCCAGUGCAGCCUGAGCAGCUGGGGAGUCCACAACUGCAACCACGAGGAAGACGCAGGAAUUGUGUGCUCAGGUGGUCCCUGA